GGUUUUUGGUUUCCGAAUUUCAUGUUGUUGGGGGUUUUCCUGUUUUUGGACAGAAAUUGAGCAAGUUGAGCUAGGGUUUUUCUGUGCUGGAGCUGUUGGUGCUGAUAUUGAGAUAUGGAAGCUCGUGCUCCAGAUCCGGCCCCUCAUACACCAAAUGAACCGUUGAACAAUUUGGUACGUUGGCCAAUAACCGAGGAACUUAGGGAGGCAAUAAAUAGGAUGGGUUUAGGAUUUUUUGAGCGUUUUAAGUUCCAAAUGAGGUUAGAUUAUACCAUGGUAAACGCUUUGAUACGACACUAUGAUCGUAAUUUAAAGUGUUUUACCUUUAAUGGUUAUUCAUUGUAUUUUAGUUUAGUAGAUGUCCUCCUCAUCACUGGUAUGCCAAUUGACGGUAGACCAGUUAUUGGUAGGCUAGGGAAAACCAGACGUUUAUUUUUAAAUGCUUUUGGUAUCGAUCCUCCUCCAGAGUCCUUGGAUGGAGGGAGGAUUAGGCUUAGUUGGUUAAGAGAAAAUUAUAGUAAUAACCCAGUACAUCCAGAUGAGGAUGGGUGGGCAUACUAUCUUAGAGCCUAUGUCAUGUAUGUCAUUGGGUCGUAUCUAAUACCAGAUGACAGCACUGGAUUAGUUUCUGCCCACUAUUUGGGGCUCUUGGACAAUCUUCAGGAGGUUGGCAGCUAUGCGUGGGGCGCAGCCGCAUGGGCGAGCUUGCACAAUUCUUUGGAUCGAGGAAUCGUAAACGGCUUGGCCUACGCUCUUAUGGUAUUUGCCAUAGAGCAUAUAGAGCCACUACGCAUAGAGGUGAUAGGGGAUAUAGUGGAUCUCCCUAUGGAAUGUCCAUUAAUGGUGCCAUGGUCCCACCUUCUCCACAAACGCUUGAAUGCAAACACAGUUCCCAAUUUUGGUGCCUAUAUGGAAAUUUUGGGGAAUGCGACUGAUGAAAAUUUCAUACAACAGCCUUAUCAGAGGCUUAGCCAUACUCUUCUAGGGGAGGGUUAUGAGCGUUAUGCCCCUCAGCUGGCUAAGGCAUGCUCAGUCGCUCUCUGCAUCAAUUAUCACACAGUCGUCCCUCACAAACCAAACAACUUUGCUAGGCAGUUUGGUUUUGAGAAUAUAAACCUAGAUUCGAUUCCAGAGCUUCCUGAUGUGGUGGUUGAAGUAAGAAAGAAGGGGCCAAAGAGAGAUUUAAAUCUUGCUAACCACGGGCACUUUCCCCUGUACAUUAACAGCUGGCUUGGCAGGUUUCCUUUGAGAGGGAUGCGGAUGGCUGGUUUGGUAGGUCCUCCAUACACUGUGGAAUUGCUGGCGCAUGAUGUGUCGGUGCAGGCCCUUCAUAACGACCUACUGCAUUCCCCGCAUGACCUGCCUGUGCAGGCCCUUCAUGACGACCCACCGCAUUCAUCGCCUUCCAUAGCUUCCAACUUAGAAUCUGAAGACAACCCGUCAUCACAGUCGCCUCAACUUCAAACCCCAAUUGGUUGGCCUCUUGAUGGCAAGCUCACCCUCAACUGGGUCCAAAACCUCAUGUCCGUCUUCGACUGGGCAUCUAGAAAUCUUGAGCCGGCCCAAUUGCCAGACGUGUUUCCUGUUGAGGUUUUUGAUAGCCUGGCCCUCUUUGCCGCCAAGAUCCUCCACAAAGAGGCCAAUUGCGUCACCAUUGACAACUUAGCCCCUGAAUCCACGGUCGUUGUCGUCGGAGACCUUCAUGGGCAGUUGCAUGACCUUCUUUUCCUUCUCCAUGAUGCUGGCUUUCCCUCAGAAAAUCGAUUCUUCGUCUUCAAUGGCGAUUAUGUUGACAGAGGUGCUUGGGGUCUUGAAAGCUUCUUAAUUUUGUUAGCUUGGAAAGUGCUCAUGCCAAAGAGGGUGUAUCUAUUGCGAGGAAACCAUGAAUCAAAGUAUUGCACUUCUGUUUAUGGUUUUGAGAAGGAAGUGCUGACAAAGUAUGGUGAUAGAGGCAGACACGUGUAUUGUAAAUGUCUUAGGUGCUUUGAAGAUCUUCCCUUGGCUUCCCUCAUUGGUAAACACGUGUACACUGCACAUGGAGGUCUUUUCCGCCACAUGCCUGCUAUCUCCAAGAAAUCAAAGGGAAAGAAGAGUCGGAGAGCUUUCAAUCGUGAACCUAGUUCGUUAUCUCUAGGCUCUAUUGAAGAACUGAAUAAGGCUCGAAGAUCAGUUCUUGAUCCUCCAUGGGAAGGUCCCAAUGUGAUUCCUGGUGAUGUGCUGUGGUCGGAUCCUUCAAUGUCUCUUGGCUUGUCUCCAAAUAUAGAGAGAGGGAUUGGGCUGCUUUGGGGUCCUGACUGCACCGAGGAUUUUCUCAAGAAUUGUCAACUCAAACUGAUUAUUAGAUCACACGAAGGUCCUGAUGCACGAGAAAAGAGGCCAGGUCUUGGUGGAAUGGAUGAAGGGUACACCAUCGAUCACAUUGUGGAGUCAGGAAAGCUCAUCACUUUGUUUAGUGCUCCAGAUUACCCACAAUUUCAGAGCACAGAGGAGAGGUACAAAAAUAAGGGGGCUUACAUUAUCUUGGAACCCCCUAAUUUUGAUGAUCCUGCAUUUCAUAGUUUUGAAGCAAUUACUCCAAGACCAAAGGCGGAUCCCUUUUACAAUUUUGAAGAAGUGAUUGAUUCUGAUGAAGAGUUGGAUUUGGCAUCAAUGGUGAUCAGUCCGUGAAGCGAUGUCAAAGAAAAUGCCUCGUGGAGAAGGGUGCGCACAACAGGAUUGAGAACUUGAAGAUAAUUGUAGAUAUCACUUUGACUGGUGGUUUGUUGGUUGGGGAUGGUAGAGCAAAAGGAGACGAAAUUCUACUAUAAUAGUCAUGUUGAAUAACUAGCAUACAUUGAGCACCUCUGAUAAGAUAGUUAGCAUUGAAUCAACUAUGUUGCACCUCUUAAUCAAAUAUUAUUUCUCUUAGUUGAUAGAAGACUAAACAAAAUCAUUUUUAAUUGUUACAAAAAUUGAAGCCUUUCUGAUUUC